CGUAGUCUCAUUUCAUAUUUCUGUUUUAUUCCCCACUUGUCGUCCAAAGCGGAUACUCGGCAUGCUGUUCCGGGACUGAGAUUAGCCGGUGUUUAUUAGGAGGCUGACGAGUCAAUUAGGUAAUAACAGCGACCACCACAUCAAAACAAACAGCCGCGCAGCGAAUGCCGUCAGUUGAGGCGAGCAGACGAGAUGAGCGGAUAUCGUCUGCUUCAGUUCUGCUAACUCCGUGCACGUGGCGGAAUAUGGACGAUAAAGCACACGGUCCCCGCUACGGCAAUGGGGGGAAGGAUGUCAAUAUAGCUGUACUGGGACUACGAGGCGUCGGUAAAUCAGCUCUAAUAGUUCGGUAUCUGACGAAGAGAUUCAUUGGAGAUUACGAUCCGGAAAUGGAGGCUAUCUUCUCUCGCGCUGGUGUCGUGGACGGCAAGCACGUGACAGUCAACAUCAUGGACACGCAGUGGCACGUAAGGCCUGACUCCUAUAAGCGUCCCCUGCGAAACACGGCACCCAACAACGGACUGAAGGAGGAUCCGAUCACCUGGGCAGAUGGCUUCUUAUUAGCCUACUCAGUGACGGACCCGGAAAGUUUCCAGUUCGUCGUCGAUUUGGUAGACCGUCUCCGAUUGGCUAGAGAGGACGAGAGACUGCCAAUCGUUAUUGCUGGCAAUAAGUGUGACCUUAUACACAUGCGUCAACUGACGCUCCAGGAGUGUACGGGGUGGGCGCAGGAACACAACUGUCUCCUCUGUGAAGUGUCGGCGAGUGAUGACUGUGACAGUGUGUAUGAAGUGUUCAAUAUACUUUGUCGACAGGUGAAGACGGUGCAUAAGAAACGAGAGAAACUCACUUGGAUCAUGCAGAGGCCGGCGGUGGCUGCCAAGUUACAAAUCAGACAAUCACUAAGAAACCUUGCCGAACGGAAAUGGCGAUCAAGGACCUCAACAUUGUGAUGAUUUGUGACAAUUGUUUUCUUUCGUCUUCACGUGUAUUCCAUUCACUUAAAUAUAUCAAGACAUUUCAACCUGGGGUUAAGGUCCUUGCAAACUGGGACAAUUAUAUAGGUUCAUCAGAUAUAGGUCGCCUUUUGAUUUUGUUAUUGACAGAAUAUGCCUUACAUGUGGAUGGAUUUGUGAGUUCCUCUUCAACACAGAGAUACUGGGAUUUAAAGGCCGAAAUGCCAUCAAGUUAUAUCCGUCGCAUCGAAACCGAUUCGUUCAUCGGAGACAAGAGAGAAAUAACUACACUCUGCAACUACUUUUGUAGAUGCCGUGACCUUGAACUAUACGUUUGCCUCGUUAUGGAAAUCCGGCUGUGAUGCUCACUAUACAGAACGAUCCUGCGAUCUCAAUCUGAUUUAUGUAUGCGAGUUACCUGACCCUGUGGUUGCUUUUUUUGGUCCCAUUACUGCAUAUUUAAUCCUCAAUUAUUAUUGUUGUAUUAAAAUACUGAGUUGACCGUGACCAGUGAACGUGAUGCAAGUUCUACAAAUGGACAGCGCUAUCAACGUCCGUUGCAAACAGCUGAUUAGCUGUAUUCCCAUACCUUGAGUGUGUCGGACUGAUCACGGUCGUUGACGCAUUCGACCCACAUGUCAAGAACGAGAAACGCAUUGGUGAAGUAAUAAACCGCUAUCAAGGACCUUCAAAGAAACUCUGACCGGAGUUUAUGAGCGUUAGUGUGUCUGAAAAACAUUCAGGGACUGAUUAUCAGGUCGAAAACCGCUUAUCUCAUCAUCCUGCCUGGCUCAUAACCACGCAAAGGUGGCGGAACCUCUGAAACUACGACUUCCAUCUUGUCUAGCCACGGGGCGAUAUUGCCCGCCUGCAGCAAUUACAAGCUUAAGCAAAUGCAAAGUAGUAUAAUAUAAUUUUCUGUAUAUGGUAAGAUGCCAAUACACUUGAGAGAUACUAAAGUGGUUCACACGUCUCUAUGGUAUCAAUCUUGAACAUUACUUUCUGCAUGUGUGUGAUGCUCUGAAUAUGCCUCUGCCGCAUCAGCCUGUAGCUGCAUCAACAUCAGGAACAUGGACGACCGGGUGAGGCGAGGUAAACUGGGUUCUACGUCGCGUUCAGGAUCAUCGCUCUUACAUAGUGACCUGCACACGGGAGAUGGAAUGUGGCAGAUUGUACUGUAAGUGUCCCGUUAUACUGUGCUAACUCACAACAAUAGCCAGUUUAACAUGGCUACCCCACUCACACAGAACUCACAGGUGACCAUUCCUUGGAAAGUUAUCUCAACGUUUACUUUUGCGGCCCAGUUUCCCCACUGUCGUAUAAAAUUACUAUAUAGAUGCAAAUUUAAUCUGCACUUGCAAUUAUCUGGUCGUAUGGACCAAUGAUCUGAAUCUAAUCUCAACUGUACAUCAUGUAUGUUACGUGCACUAUUAAUUCCGUCGGGCUAACGGGGACAUUAAAGUCGAGAUAUGAUCUUUCCAGCGUUACACUGAUGACGUUAUUUUAGGUAAUGCUUCAUGAAUUUAACAGUAUCAUACACGCCCGUUUCAUGUGGUUUACUAUUGAAGGGGUUUUCGAUUUCACCAGAAAUCAUCCAUUUUUUUCUUCCGCUUCUGUGUACGUGUAAUACUGCCCUACAUGUGUCAGUUGCAAUGUUAUACAUUCCUGAUCGAACGUUUAGUUUCCUGUGUGACUUCCUUGCAGUUUCAGUAGGUAUCUCAGCGUGUUAAAGCUUCCCAUCAAUUGCUGUGAAAAUCAAUAUAAGCCCCAUAACUGUAUCAGCGCCAGACACCGUGCUUUCUUAAUCACCGGUGUGACUGUGUAUAUCAACCAUCCUCAGUCUCAUAUGACCUGUCUGCCAAUAUCAAACUGGUUUCAAGGAUGUAAAGUACGAUUGCUACUGAAAAGUGACACUUCGUUGCAAGAGGCUGAAGACGGGAGACCACUUAGACAGAAUAGCGCAAGUAUAUUAAUACAUGUUUAUUUUGUUGUUGUUGUUGUUGCUGCUGCUCUCAGCGAUAUUCCAGCUAUAUGAGGGCGGUCUGUACAUAAUGGAUUCUGGACCCGACAAUCCAGUGACCUUUAUGGGCAUCUAUCUAAGCAUCUGGGAUACGAUGACAUGCAACAAGCAAGACAGCGAGGCUGACUACCCGAUCCUGAUGACAUGCAACAAGCAAGUCAUCGAGGCUGACUACCCGAUCCUGAUGAUCGCCUCUUAGGACAACCCGGAUCUUCACGGGUCAGAUCAAUAUAUAGUGUGCAUAGUUUUUUUAUGUAUUUCUCGACAAUUAUUAAAUUGACAAACCGUUGGUCCGUGGAUGUAUGUUUACGUGGGAAUGCCUGUUGUUGACAGUCAUUAAGCAGUAUAUCCGUGUUCUUUGGGAAAUACAACUGGGGCGGGAAACCAGUGGUUGACAUACUGAGUAACAACAGAACAACCACAGCCAUCCUGUCCAAUCUAGACACAACCGGGGGACUAAUCUGUGCUGGAAUCUAUGAAUGGGUGUAGCAUUACACUGAUUUUAGCAAUAUUCCACCAAAAUAUCGGGGAUGCCAGAAAUGGACUUCACAUAUUGUACCAAUGUUAGGAAUGGAACACUGGUCUUCGGCGUGACGAGCGAGAGCUUUACCCCACCGCACCUGAAUUCCUCGGAGGGUGAGUGAGUGAGUUUAGUUUUACGCCGCUUUUAGCAAUAUUCCAGCAAUAUCAUGGCGGGGGACACCAGAAAUGGGCUUCACACAUUGUACCCAUGUGGGGAAUCGAACCCGGGUCUUCGGCGUGAGAAGCGAACGCGUUAAACUACUAGGCUUGCACCACCGCCCUCCUUGGAGGGAGUGAAGAUGGUAGAACUACGGUCUAAAAGUAUGCCAUGCUUUGUGGUAUCUCGUCUUCGUCAAGGUCAGUUUCAGCGUUUUAAGUGAAACGUAUUUCAGAGAAUGACUGCUUAGAAAGCAUAGGAAGUUGUCUUUGCAAGCCGUGGUAAAUUUCAGGAGAAACAUAUCGCAUUCUUGCGUUGUCUAAUUUCUAAUCCUUCAUUCAGUACUUGAGCAGACCCACGGUUCGCGGUACAAUGGAAGGUGAACAGAAGAAGGUAUGACGAUUCAUUUCGUAAUGCUAAGUAGGACCGCUUUAAUUUUGUAUCGGUUUCAAAUUCGAAUAUAAAAACUUAUUUUCCGGGGAAUGUACUUGGAAAUAGUCAGGAAUAUGGUAUGGUCGAAGGUUACCAUAUGCAUUACAAAUGAAUAGAUAUGAUGUUCGCCCUCCAUGUUACAUAUCUCACACAACCUCUGGUCUCAAGGUACGUCGCCGUAUUUACUUGUUACCACUUUGAUAGAAUGUGGCCCGAGCCACUGAGGAUUUUAAUUCAUCUAAACAUACAACUGCCAAACAUAUUGAAGAGAGAAGGUACGUAGUGUACUCUAGACUGUGUUUGCCUUAUUCAGGGGGAAGAUGACUUCUUGGGAAGGCGUUUAUUGUCCAUUUGCAGUAACGUUUCAAUAUGUACAUUUAACAUAAAAUAAACUGUUUGUGAGACA